AUGGCCGAGCUCGACCGGCCGACAGGUUCCACCGUGAUCGAGGUCGAUGCCGAUGUUAGCUCUUCGAGCGACUUUGGCAGCAUUCGGACUGAGCUGACCUCGUUGAGCGAGUCUAUUUAUAACUACGUCUAUGAAAACGGCCGGACCUACCACGCAUAUCGCUCUGGGACUUAUGUUCUCCCAAACGACGAACGAGAGCAAGGUAGGACCGCCGACGAUGAUCUCCCCAUUGCUGUGCUGCCGAGUCGAGCUGUUGUGUAA